UCGAAAUCUGACAAAACUUGAGACUCUUAGCAUGUACAUGGGGCCAGUCUAUAUUGUUCGCUCUUCAACUCCUGAUCGUCGAUCAACAAACAUCAACUUAUUCUGUAAAUCAAGAUAUUAUUUUUGACCAAAACAACGACAGGCAUGGAAACUCCAAACUCGAAGGACAUAAUAUUAACCUCUGAAAAUGGGUUGCCUUCAAAAAAAGUGAAAUCAAAAAGAUCAAAAAACCAUGAAUAUGAUAAUGAAAAUAUUAAUAUGAAAAAAAGUUUUAGCAAAUUUGAUGAUCUUCAAAAACGUAAUCUUAUCCAUGUACGUUCACAAAAUUCAAAAAAAGCACAAGAACUUUUUCAAGCUUCAAAACCUGAGCAGCUUGACAGCUGCCGUCAGUGCAAGAAACCAGUAUACAAAAUGGAGGAAAUCGUCCUUCAGUUUAAGUCGGGGGCAACCUUUUUUCAUAAACAAUGCCUACGUUGCACGGACUGUGGAAAACAACUAAAACCUGAUAACUAUAACGUGCACGACGAAAGCCUAUACUGUCCUGUGCACUUUAAAUUAAUAUUUGCACCAAAGACUGUUUAUGAAGAAAUAAUCCCACGAAAGCCUGAGCUCAUAGUACGAGAAAACCAACCAAUUGAAUUACCACCGGAUGUCGCAAGAGCAUCCGAUAAACCAAAUUAUGGACUUGACGAACUUCACCAACUUAAUGUGCGGUCUAAGUUUAAAGUAUUCGAAAAUAACAAUCCAAUUGAGGAUUUGCAAGAACGUAAAAAUCCGGCUUUUACAGUUAAGUCAAUACGGUCUACACUUACCAAACUUCAUAAGCUCGGGAUACCUAACUCAGAGCUAGGUAAACUUGAUGUCAUUCACAAAAGCGAUUAUAGUGACCCAAACAGCGAGGACGAUAGCGAUAUUGAGAGCUCAAAAAACGAUAUUGAAAGAGAAAGACCAUUGGGCUUAGGAGAAGUUAUGAACGAGAUAAAAUCAAAAUUUGAGCAAGGGGAAUACAUGACAAAAGAAGAACGCCGCGAAGAAAGGAAGCAAGAAAUACAGAACAUACGAUCUCGUUUAUUUUUGGGCAAACAAGCUAAAAUCAAAGAAAUGUAUCAACUGGCUGUUGCUGAGUCAGAACAGGGCACAACAUCGGUCGGAAAGAUCCCAGAUAUUAACACCAUUAAGGCGACUCAAGAAAUUAAAGACCGAUUUGAGAAUGGUGAGGUUUUCAAAGAUAAUAGAGUGCAAUCAAAGGAAUCAAUUCUUGGAAUGCAGGCAGAUGCGGCUGUUUUUGAAUCAGCUAUAAGUAAAGCGUCACGUAGUAUUUUCAUGGAGCUUGAUGCUAACACAACUUCCAGUUUAUGCAGCAACCAUGUACAAAAUAUUAGCCCUGAUAAAAAAGUUGUGAGCCACAGCCAGCUGCGACAGGAGAAAUCCGAUGUUGACGUAGUCAAGUCCGACUCAAAAGCAGAAGAAGUUAAAGUUGCCACUGAAGAGUUAUCAGAACGUUUUAAGUUUUUCGAAACAUAUUCUCCGGCUGAAAAUAAAAAGAAACAAUUUCGCAUGACACCACCACGAGAGGGUGUUGUUAAGAUGCCUACUCCAGAUUCCGACACAGAUGUUUUAGAACAAACUUCCUCGUUUAAUGACAACGUUUUGCAGCAAACCAAAACAACGUCAACCAUCUUAAGUAAGUUUCGGGAAAUAGAAAAACAUAAAAUUGAUAACAGUAACGAGGAAAAAAAACCGAAACCAUUGAAGUGUUUCACUCCUCCACCUGAAAUCGGCAACCGUUUCAAUGCAUCCGAUUCGGAGGAGGAAAGUGAUAGCGACAGCGACGACGAAAAUGUGCUUCCUGAUCCAUAUUAUAAGGAUCAAGCGCUCUGCGAGGCUCAGAACGCCGCUCGUGCCAAGCUACUGCGGGAAAAGUUUGAAAAAUGGCAAAGUAACGAAAUUGAACGCGAGCUUAACGAAGGACGCGCUGAAGAAGCUUAUUCCCAGCAUAUUUCAAACGAGUCAAUUGAAAGUGCUAAAACAAUUCGGGAACGCUUUGAAAAUAUGAAAACCUCUAGUCCUCGUCUGGAACACAAAACAAACCCCAGAAUAAACCGCUUUGUUGUACGUGUAACAAAUUGAAUGAAGUAAUUGAACUGAUCGUUUUAUUUUAGUAAUUCGAUGAUUACGUUUAAAUGACAAGUCGUUAUGAAAGAUUACCGUGUCUCGGAAAAAGAGGAUCACCCGAAGCUUCAAAAUAAUACCUUAUAUUGUAUAUACCUUACUGAAUUACAUUUUUAAUGUGGCAAAUACAAUACGAUUAUAAUAAUUUA